UAUAAAUACCCAUUUUAGUUGGCGCAAUUUGACGAUAUCAUUAUUUUUAUAGAGAUUCCAAUUACGAGAAUGUAGAAUGAUUCUAAAGAUAAAAAGUACUAAUCGUCGAGCUAAUAAAACUUGAGUGUCCAUCGGAAGAAAUGAGAUUUCCCGAAAAUAACCGCGACGUAUCGAAGGUACAUCUCACGCGAUGUUGUUCGUCCACGAAGGACGCGUAUUGUUUCAGAAACGAUCGGAUGCAUCGCGUGCAACAGCGCGACACCAAGUAUCUACCUAUGGCGGUGCGACCCGAGGCGCGCGAGUGUCGGCGUGCUGUGCACACAGGACAGGCCACACGUAAUGGUAGGACAGGAAGUGGCGCAACUUCUGGCAGAGCCUAUAUCUGGCCUCCAACAAAGCGGAUCCUGCACGUGAGUUCCUUGCGCGGGCAUGUACGCGACACGGAGGAGUGUAUCAUAUUCCGUCCAUAGACAUAGUAAGAAUAGACUGCGCUUUCCCUACCUCACCCGUGCGAAAACGUGUAUACAAACUUUAGAACGAGAUAGCUGGUGUGGGGCCGUACCUUAUCUUUGUCUAGUAGAAGUGAUGGGGGUAACAGAAGAGUAGGGGAAUGACAGAAGUUAAAGGUUAAGCACACUGCAAAACAUAUCCGUUUUAGAUAUAAAGGACAAUUAUAUUUCCGUUAUAUUUUAUAACGGAUAUUCAAUAUUAAAACGGAUUUCUCAUAUGUCCGUUUGAUUUAGGCAUGACUGGUGGAAUUCUUAAUAUGACACUUUAUUGAUUAUAUAAAAUCCUUUAUAUAAGUAGGACCGUAAUGGUUAUACUGUUAAGACAGACAUUAUAACGGAUAUUGUAAAGGAUUUGGUCAUAUACACUACUCAAAAAAAAAAAUAGGGAACACUUUUCAUACCCUAAAAAUUGGGCUAUUUUCAAACC